AAAAGAAAGCAAAAAAAAAAGAUGAAAUUUUUGGGACAUUUUAAAUGCUUUGGGUCGCCGUCUUGCAAUGCGAAGCAACAUUGGUCAUCAUUCCGUGCUUUAUUCCAGUAAUUAAUCCUCUUUCCCAUUAUAAAAAUCGUUCCUUUUGGAUAAUCUCUCCCUCCCUUGUUCUUGGCCUUGGCUUCAGGUGUUCGAUGCUACAUCCUUCCUGCCACCUGGAUAACAGUGGGAAUCAACUUUUGAUCAUUUUCCAUGCGUUAUUCCGGUGUUUAAUCCUCUUUUCCCUGGUAAAAAUCCUUCCUUUUGUGCCAAGUCCAUCCAUCCCUCCGUUGUUCUUUGCCUCUGCCCGGCUUGAGGUGCCACUACUUGGAUUCUCUUCCCUGCCCUCCUGUGUUUACAGCCUCCUGGUUUCGCUCCCAGUUGCUUUGUCGUGUUUGCCAUCUCUGUCCGUCAAUUGGGUGAUCUUGCUUUAAAGGACGCAUCGUCUUUUGACGGCCGCCUUUCUUGGCAGUGGAUAGGAUUGGAUUCUUGGGUUGGUCGAGAGCAGAUGAUGCCAUUGCUUGCGGUUGCCGGAUAGAGAUGCGAGGGGUUGUGGGCGCUGCCGGUGGCGGCCACGUCGAGGCCAGGCAUCGAUCCGUCGGGAGUCCUGUUUACGGAAACAAAAGAAGGUCCCACAAGAGCAGUGACUUCAAACAAGCUGACAGGCCAUUCAACAAUCUUUUUACAGAGAGGAGUUCAGCCUGGAAGAUAUAUUCUUUGAAACUUGUCUUGAUAAUCAUUGUCUGUGGCACCUUUUUAACUCUUCUCCACCCUCCAGCAGCUUAUCAUAAUGAGCAUUCCUUGCAUGCUGGUUCUAGGUUUAUGGAUGUUGGACGGAUUUGGGACAAAUCCAAACCUGAUUCGCGAUAUUUGUCGAAUUCAAAUGUUGAUUGGGCUCAAAUUUCAAAAUGUGCGGAAGCGAUGGACUCCAGUAAAGGAAAUAUGAAGAUUGGCUUACUGAAUUUUAACAUUUCUGAGAUCAACCAUUGGCACCAGCUCUUACCAAACGCAGGAUUUUCUGUCAUACAACUUGAUUAUGCAGAUAGUAAUAUUACUUGGGAUGUACUGUAUCCUGAAUGGAUUGACGAGGAAGAAGAAUCCGAGGUCCCCUCUUGUCCAAAACUUCCUGAACCGAAGUUCUCUAAAGGUUUCCGUUUUGACCUCAUCGCCGUCAAGCUUCCUUGCAGUAGCUCAGCCAGCUGGUCAAGAGAUGUUGCUCGGUUGCAUUUGCAGCUUACAGCUGCUAAGGUUGCUGCAGUUUCUUCAGGAGAUCAGUACCCUGUGCAUGUGCUUUUUGUGACCAGCUGUUUUCCAAUCCCAAACCUAUUUACAUGCAAGAACCUCGUCAUGCGAGAGGGAGAUAUGUGGUUAUACAAACCAGACCUGCAACUGUUAAAGGAGAAGUUACAGCUUCCUGUUGGAUCAUGUGAGCUCGCACUCCCACUUGAAGCAAAAGAACGGCCGUUUUCCUAUACUCCUCACCGAGAAGCAUAUGCCACCAUUCUCCACUCUGCCAAUGUUUAUGUAUGUGGUGCUAUUGCUGCAGCCCAAAGUAUCCGUUUAGCAGGAUCAAAGAGAGACCUAGUUAUACUUGUUGAUGAAACAGUCAGUGAUCACCACAGAAGCGGUCUUGAAGCUGCAGGAUGGAAGAUAAAAACAAUCACCAGGAUCCGAAAUCCUAAGGCCGAGCAUGAUGCUUACAAUGAGUGGAAUUACAGCAAAUUCAGGCUCUGGCAGCUCACAGAGUAUGACAAGGUCAUAUUUAUCGAUGCUGACCUUCUUGUCCUAAGAAACAUCGAUUUCUUGUUCACUAUGCCUGAAAUCACUGCAACAGGGAACAAUGUAACAUUUUUCAACUCUGGUGUAAUGGUUAUUGAGCCUUCAAACUGCACAUUUCAGUUGUUAAUGGAUCAUAUCAAUGAGAUAGAGUCCUACAAUGGUGGGGAUCAGGGUUACUUGAAUGAAGUCUUUACAUGGUGGCACCGUAUACCAAGGCGCAUGAACUUCUUGAAGCAUUAUUGGAUUGGUGAUGAGAAGGAGAUUAAAGAGAUGAAGACUCAUUUGUUUGGUGCUGAUCCGCCAGUUCUUUAUGUUCUCCACUAUUUGGGUCUAAAGCCAUGGCUGUGUUUCCGGGACUAUGAUUGCAAUUGGAAUGUGGACAUAAUGCAGGAAUUCGCAAGUGAUGUGGCACACACAACAUGGUGGAAAGUGCACGAUGUGAUGCCGAAACACUUGCAGAGCUUCUGUCUUCUGAGAACAAAGCAAAAAGCUGCCUUGGAGUGGGAUCGGAGGCAGGCGAAGAAGGCAAAUUAUUCCGACGGCCAUUGGAGAAGAAAAAUAACUGACCCUCGUCUGAAAAAGUGUUUCGAAGAUUUUUGUUACUGGCAGAGCAUGUUGUGGCAUUGGGGUGAUCCCAACUGGUCAGAUGAGAACUUGACAUCCAACUCCCUUGCAAAACUACCCAGUUUAUAGUCUCUUCCCUUGUUCUUGCUUUCACUAUCUUGCUGAAUUAUUUCUCCAUAGGUAACUAGGUAUUUAGGUAGGCUGUUACCUCCAGAGUUCGACGAGAUGAUACCCACAAAUAUUUUACAUAAAUUAGAGUAUAAAUAAGGACAUGCUGUUUUUUGUUUUCCCUUGAUUUCAUGUUUAUUGGCAAGUUCAAUAAAAACAUUAGAUUUCAUUUC